GUUUUAAGCCGUCUAUAUAUUCACAACGUAUUUUAUAUAUUUUAAUAAUUUUGUGUUUUAAUUAUAUCUAUUUAUUUUAAAAUGUUUUUUCUUCAAAAUGGCUUUUUUAACAAUGUUUAGAAGAAAACACUGAACAAAAAAUUGUUUAUCGUCGAUUUUGAAGAAGUUACGUAAGGAAUAUAGGUAGAAAUUUGUAGGGUUUUGAACAGAUUAGAUUGAAUCAGUUGAAGAUGGCAUGUUAUUUACCAUUAUCCGCUGCUAAACCCGUGAUGGACGUUGCCAAAAGUUCUGAUACCAUGUCUGAGGUAUCAGAAAACGGUACCGUGACGUCUGAGUGGACUUCCAAAUGGGAUUCCAGGGAAGAUUUGAGGGAUUUGGUGACCAGGCUGGGGCUGACCGACUUGGCUGAUUUGCAUCAGGAGAGAUUCAGGGUGGACAGGACCAAAUUGGAGAAGAUGCUCACAGGCGAUAAUGAGGCACUUUUUCCUGCUGACGUAUUUUUUGCAAAAGUCAUGGAAGACACGGACACGAUCAUAACAUGGCCCAAUAAAUUAAAAAUAGGCGCCAAAUCGAAAAAAGAUCCACAUGUCAGAAUUGCCGGUAGAGCUGAUGAUGUUCAAAUGGCCAAAGAGAGAAUACUGAGCGUUCUGAAUACAAGGUGCAACAGAGUGACAAUGAAAAUGGACGUGAGCUAUACCGACCAUUCCCAUAUUAUUGGCAAAGGUGGACUGAGUAUCAAGCGUGUCAUGGAAGAAACCAGGUGUCACGUCCACUUUCCAGACUCAAACAGAUCAAAUCCUAAUGAAAAAAGCAACCAGGUGUCUAUAUCUGGAGAUUUGGAUGGCGUCGAAAGAGCUAGAUCUAGAGUUAGGGAACUGAUCCCUCUGAUUUUUGGCUUCGAACUGCCAAUAAUGUCAAAGAACGUGGACGUAAACUCACCUUACGUCACCAAGAUCCAGGAACAGUACAGGGUACAGGUUAUGUUCAAAACUAGACCCAAAUUGCACGCUACUCUGGUCUUGGUAAAAGGUCUGGAGUGGGAGGUAUGCCAAGUCAAACAUGCCACCUUGCUGCUCAUGGAAUACAUGUGUGACAAUCUUGCUAGCCAAAUCCCAGUACAGAUGUCGAUGGAAAUCUCGCCCCAUCAUCACCAAAUCGUCCUGGCCAAGAACCACACCAACUUGAAGACCAUCAUGCAGUACACCAGCUGUCAGAUCAUGUUUCCCGAUGCUCAGGACCCGAACAUACCUACUUUGAAGAAAAGUAAUGUGACUAUAACUGGAAAUAUCCACAACGUGUACAAGGCCAGGCAAUUGCUGAUGGGCAGCUUGCCAUUGAUCAUCAUCUUUGACUUGCCUGAUGACGUGACAGGUUUAAGAGUGAAACCUGAACAGAUCAGCGAAAUCCAGUCUACUUGCGAUGUUGUGAUCAACAUUAGACCUAAAGCUAACAAGACAACAAAAGCUUGUGUGAUCAAAGGAAUUGAACGACUUGCCACUAAUAUCUACAAAGCCAGGAACUUGAUUUUGGGUGUGGACUACAUCACCACCAGAGCUGACGUUCCAGCCUCGUACCACAUGCCAAAUUUGGCAGUUUUGACACAACCUAACGAAGUACUAGCCUCGACCAAUGCAGUUCCAGCCAUGUCUCCCUUGCUGAGUCCUCUGGUUUCUUCACCAAGUUGGUAUUUCCCUUCACCAACAGUGAAUCAGCAAACUCAUGCACCACCCUUUGUUGGUAUGACACAGCAACAGCAUUUUUUCCCUAGCAUGAGCAUGGUACAGCAUAAUUCUAACAGCAGUGGGUACCAGUCAGCAACCCCAAAUGUAAUGGACCAAAAUCAGGAAAUGCUCAACGCCAACAGUAGUUCUUGUAGCGCCAGUUCACUGUCAACUAUAUCCAGCGCAAAAAAUAGUCCUGUCCAGCCUGUAUCGCCCAAUUGUUACAGGAACUAUCCUGAAUCUCCUGCGCAUACUCAGUAUAGUCAUAGCAGUACCACCAACGUUUCAGAAUUUGCCACAGCAUUAUCUGAAAUGAACAAUCCGGGAGAGUACCAUGGACCAACUCUGGACAAGAAAAUGUCACUGUCACCCGGAGAUUUGACACCCUAUGAGUACGAAAACAAGCGAUUGGCUGGCUUAAGAGCAAUGCAGGCUUUACCCAACCCUGGAAGUAUGCGAGUACCCAACAAUUCCUGGUCGGGGUACGGUAUAAGCCAGACCAGCCCGGGAGGGUUCCUGGUUGAUAAGUUUAGAUACAGGGAAGAUGAAAUUUGGAAGCCCAACACACCGCGUCAAAAUAGUGACAUGAUGAACAUGCCGUCAACUUCCAGUUCUGCUAUGUUGAACACUAGCAACCUUUUGGAUCAUACUCCAACUCACGUAUGGAACAGGGUUAAUUAUAAUGGUAACUGGCAGGACAUGUCCUCGAUACUGACCGCCCUCAAACUGGACCACUACGUGCCCGUCUUCAAGCAGCACGAAAUAGAUUCGACGAUUUUUUCGACGCUGACCGACAAGGACUUGGUCGACAUUGGCAUCACCGCCUUCGGGGCGAGGAGGAGGAUAUUGCUGGCAAUAUCAGAAAUGAAUAAACGAAAUGUACCAUUUUCUGCAGCACCAGGAGCCGAAAGAAAAGGCUCGUCAUCUAGUUCAAACGGUACCAACGGUAGUCCCAGAAACAGUACCAAUUGGUAGAAUAAAAAUACAUCAACUUUAAUCAUAUAAAAAGAUACCAAAAAGUACAAAAAAUAUCGUUAAUAUAACAUUUCUCCUCAAAAAGAGAAUAUUUUUUUCUUUGUUAAAA